AUGCUUAUAAAAAAUAAAGAAAAAGAGUCUAAAUCUAUAAAGAGUAAUGAAGAAAAUAAACAAAAAAAAAAAAAAGAAAAAAUGAAAAGCACAAUUAAUAUAAUGGAUAAUAAAUUAGCAGCAAAAAAAAGAAUCAAUCCAGUAUAUAAAAAUAAUAAAAAUGAAACUUUUUCAGAUAACAAAAAGCAUUAUCUUAAUGAUAUUGAUAAAACAUUAUUAAAAGAAGAUAUAUCCUGUAUUAGUUACGCUUAUAAAAAUUUAAAUGAACAAAAAUUUUCAAAAAAAAAAAUAAAAAAUAUAUCAGAAAAUAACAAACUUCUUGAAGUUUUAUCAUUAGAAAAUAAAAAUAAAAAAAGUGACAAUAAUUAUAAUUUAGACAAAAAUAUUCAUUCACUUAUUUAUGAUACAUUUAUAAAUAAAAAUUUAAAAAUAAACCCUCAAAAUUUUUUUGAAAAAAGUGAUAUAAAAGAAAAAAAAAAAAAAAAAGCUACAUUAAACUUUAAAAAACCAAAUAUUUUAAAUUCUCUUGGAGUAAGUAGCAAUUUUAAUAAUUACAAAAAAAAAUUAGCAAAUGAUUCUAAAAAAAAUUUAAUUGCUAAUAAAAUAGAAAAAACUUAUGUAGAUAAUUUUGCUGAAAUUAAUGAAACAAAUGAACAGGAGAAUUUAAUACAAAAUUUUGAUGAUAUUUCAUUAGAGAAAAAAACAAAAAAGGAUAAUAAAAAUGCUUUUACACAAACUAAUUUUUAUUAUGAUGAAGAAGAGUUAAGAUUUAUUUCGAAUUUCUUUGCUAAAAAAAUUAUUAACGAAGCAUUUAUCCAAAUUACAUAUGAACAAAAUUUGAAUCAAAUUGAAGAAAAAUCCAAAUUCAUUAAUUCAAAUGAUCAAGCUAAUAAACAAAUAUUUACUCAUUUAACUGAUUGUCAACAUAAUAAUUUAAAUAUAAUGAAAGAGAAAAAUAAAAUUACAAAUUUUUUACAAAUAUUUAAUAAAAUAAAUGUUUUUUCAAUAUCUCGUAAUAUAAUAAAUUGUUUAAUGAAUGAAAAUAUUGUAUCUAUAAAGGAGAAAAAUGAGUUAAAAAAAGCAGAAGAAUUAGAAUGGUUUAAUAAAGUUACAAAACAUUUAUUAAAAAAUACAGUAGCUUUUUUAGCAACAGAAAAAAUUGUAUCAUUUUUAACUGAAGAAUUAAUUGAAGAUAGUCUACUAAAUUUUUGUUUGUUUAAUGAAGAUGAUAUUUAUAAAAUUAAUGAAAAAUUAAACAAUAAAAAAAUUACUUCACAUAAAAAAAAAAAAAUAGAAAAAGGAUACAUUAAUUUUUUACUUCUUAAUGAAAAAAUAAAAAUAUAUAUACCAAUAAAAGUAAAAGAAGAUAUGAAUUUAGAUGAUAUAAUAAAAAAAAUAAAAAAUUUUAUAAAUAAUAAAUUAGGUUUUUUAAGAAAAGAAUAUAACUUAAAUUUUAUAUUUAUAAAAAACAAAGAAAAUUAUGUAAUGGAUAUAAAAGAAUUAUAUUCUUGUGAAUCAGAAGAAUUUACAAUUUAUAUAAAAAAAAAAAAAAAAAAAGUAACUACAUAG